AUGGCGAAUCUGCCGGACACCCUUCCAGACCUCCCGCCCUACUCCUGGGACCACUCAAAGCGGUUCGGGCGCAAGUCGCGAGUUGCUGAAAACGUCCUCCGACCCCAGGCUCCCCGGCAUGCCCUGAUCGGCCUUCAUCUGGCCGAAGGCAAUGAUCUGGAGCCGCAGUGGCGCGUCUUGCUGCGCGCUGACGACCACCCUUGGAUUCGCCAGCACCGGUUCCAAAAUAAGAACGCGCCACUGAGUCUGUUUGAGACUAUGAAUAGUCCCCUCGGUGCGGGAAUUAGCGGGUCUGUGCUUGGAGAAGGCGAGGUUGAGGUGUUUGGCGGAGUUGGGGGGUGGUUCGAGGUAGACUCUUGGCUUCUACCAUUGGAUAUGUAUCGAGCUCCUAAAUCUAGAAUGUAA